AUGAUGAUGUUUGAUGACAUGGGGUUUUGUGGUGAUUUGGAUAUGUUCUGUGGUACACUUGGGGAAGGGGAUAUUUCUGUCAGGCAAACUGAGCCGGAUUCGGUAGUUGAGGAUGAUUACAGUGAUGAAGAAAUGGAUGUGGAUGAGCUUGAGCGUAGGAUGUGGAGGGACAAAAUGCGUCUCAAGCGAUUGAAAGAACAAACCAAGGCUAAAGAAGGGAUUGAUGCGGCCAAGGCAAGGCAGUCUCAAGAACAGGCAAGGAGGAAAAAGAUGUCGAGAGCUCAAGAUGGAAUAUUGAAGUACAUGCUGAAAAUGAUGGAGGUUUGUAAGGCACAAGGAUUUGUUUACGGGAUAAUUCCUGAGAAGGGAAAACCGGUGACCGGAGCAUCUGACAAUCUUCGUGAAUGGUGGAAGGAUAAGGUUAGGUUCGAUAGGAACGGUCCGGCUGCGAUAGCUAAAUAUCAAGUGGAUAACGCAAUUCCAGGGAAGAAUGAUGGCUGCAAUUCCAUCGGUCCUACUCCUCAUACCUUACAAGAACUACAGGACACAACCUUAGGUUCUCUCUUAUCAGCACUUAUGCAGCACUGUGAUCCUCCUCAGAGGCGUUUCCCAUUAGAGAAGGGUCUUCCUCCGCCAUGGUGGCCAAGCGGGACCGAAGAGUGGUGGCCCCAAAUUGGUUUACCUAAAGAUCAAGGCCCUCCACCUUACAAGAAACCUCAUGACCUGAAAAAAGCAUGGAAAGUUGGUGUUUUAACUGCAGUUAUCAAGCACAUGUCUCCUGAUAUAGCCAAGAUUCGCAAGCUCGUGAGGCAGUCCAAAUGCCUUCAAGAUAAAAUGACGGCCAAAGAAAGUGCUACCUGGCUGGCCAUCAUCAAUCAAGAGGAGUCCUUAGCUCGAGAGCUUUAUCCCGAUUAUUGCCCUCCGAUGUCUUCUGGUGGAGGCAGCGGUUCUAUGGUCAUCAAUGAUUGCAGCGAGUAUGAUGUUGAUGGGCCUGAGGAUGAGUCCAAUUUUGAUGUGGAGGACCGAAAACCCGAGAAUCUUCAUCCAUCCAAUCUUGGGAUGGAGAGAAUGAGGGGAAUGUUUCCGGUUCAGCAACCUUCUCCACCAAUCAAGGGAGAGGUUAUCACCAACUUGGAUUUCAUUCGGAAGAGAAAGAUCUCUAGCGACUUCAACUUAAUGAUGGAUCACAAAAUCUACACAUGUGAACAUCCUCAAUGCCCUUACAGCGAUGUUCGCCUUGCUUUUCAAGACAGGCCUUCUAGGGACAAUCAUCAAUUGAAUUGUCCACAUAGAAUCGGUUCUGCAGAUUAUGGCGGCCCUAAUUUUCAUGCUACCGAGGUUAAGCCCGUUAUUUUCCCACAAAGCUUUGUUCAACCCAAUUCUGCAGCUCAGCCUGCUAGUCUGCAAAGCUUUGUUCAACCAAAUUCUGCAGCUCAGCCUACUAGUCUGGUUCCACCUUCAUUUGAUUUAACCGGACUCGGAGUUUCAGAGGACAGCCAGAAAAUGAUCAGCGACCUUAUGUCAGUCUAUGACACAAAUAUUAUAGGAAACAAGAACGCAAGUUCAACCAAUUGUGCAACCGUCGGAAAUCAAAACCUUUCCCAGCACAACAUUCAGCAACAACAACAGCACACCAUUCAGCAGCAACAACAGGAGAAUUUCUUUUCAAGUCAAGGAAUGGUGAUGGAAGCAGCAAACUUCUUUACUCGCGAGGAAAGUCAAUUCGACCGAUUCAAAGCCGUAACCACUCCUUUCGAAACCAACCACCCCAACAACAACAAUAACCUCCAUUUCAUGAUUGGCUCUCCAUGUGAUUUGGCAUCCUUCGAUUUUAGGGAGGAUAUUCAACAACUACAAGGAGUAGUAGGAAUGGAAAAUCUUCACAAACAACCAGAUGGUCCAACAUGGUACAACUGA